AUGCACAGUACCAAUUCCGCUGCUUCAAAGAUCCUCACUUUUUAUGCACAGUUUCAUGACCUUAACAGUGUCAUUGGGGUGUUGAAAACAACCUUUGAAGAUGAACCUAACACACCCAUGAUGUGGAACUUGAUCAUAAGGUCCCAUGUUGAUUUGGGACUGUUCCAUUCAGCUUUGUCACUGUACAAAGAGAUGAGACAAAUGGGUGUUGCCCAUGAUACUUAUACUUUUCCAAUAGUGAACCGAGCCUUAUCAUCCAUGAGGGUUGAUGCUGUGUAUGGGAAAAUGAUCCACUGUGUAGCAACUCAAAUGGGUUUGGAUGUGGAUUUGUAUUUUUGUAAUACCAUGAUUGAUGUUUAUGUGAAAUGUGGGUGUGUUGGUUAUGCCCUUCGCGUGUUUGAUGAAAUGUUGCAGAGGGACGUGGUUUCGUGGACUUUGAUGAUUGCUGGAUAUGGUUCUGGGAGACAGGUUGGUGUGGCCUGUGAUUUGUUCAAUGAAAUGAGGAUGGAAUUGGAGCCAAACUCGGUUACGCUUAUUGUGAUGUUGCAAGCGUGUUGUGCUUCCACAACAUUAAAAGAGGGAACUUCAAUUCACGGGUAUGCAGUGAAGAGUGGAUUACUAAUGGAUUGGUCUGUGAAAAAUUCGGUUUUGAAAAUGUAUGCUAGUAGAAGAAGUACCAGAGAAGUGGAACUUUUAUUUAGUGAAGUAAACAUGAAGGAUGUGGCUUCCUGGAAUAUUUUGAUUUCGUUUUACUCCUCGGAAGGGGACGUGAUAAAAGUGGCUGGUUUGUUCAAAGAAAUGCACAGCCUAGAAGUGAACUCAUGGAACAUUGAAACUUUAACAUUAGUUAUAUCGGCAUUGGCAAAAUCUGGUAGUCUUUCUGAGGGUGAAGGCAUGCACUGCUUGGUCAUAAAAACAGGGUUUUCUGAUGAUGUUCUGUUGACUUCUCUGCUUGACUUUUAUGCCAAGUGUGGGAAAUUGGAAAUUUCAGUUCAACUGUUUAGUGAAAUUCAUUUUAAAAGCAACAUCACGUGGAGUGCUAUGAUGUCAGGUUUCAUACAAAAUGGUUCUUUUAUGGAGGCCAUAGUUUUGUUCCAACAAAUGCAAGCUGAUGAUCUUGAUAUUGUCCCUGAAAUUUGGAGACAUCUACUUGAUGUAUAUGCAAACUUGGGGGCUUUGAAAUUGGGCAAAGUGGUUCAUGGUUACCUUAUAAAGAACUUUUUUAAUGGACCUGUAGAUGGUACUGCUCACUUGGAGACAUCAAUCUUAAAUAUGUACUUAAGAGGUGGCAACAUGUCUUCCGCCAUAGCAUGUUUUGAUAGCAUGCCUGUCAAAGAUGUUGUGGCAUGGACAACAAUGAUUGAUGGACUUGGCUCCCAUGGUUUUGGCUUUGAUGCCUUGAAGUGCUUUUAUUUAAUGAUCGAGAAAAGAGUACAACCAAACUCGGUCACCUUCUUGAGCUUACUAUCUGCUUGCAGCCACUCUGGCCUUGUCAGUGAAGGCUGCAACAUUUACUAUUCUAUGAAAUGGUGUUUCGGUAUUGAGCCUGCUUUGGAUCACCAUACUUGCAUUGUGGAUCUUUUGGGUCGAUGCGGGUUGCUUAAAGAGGCCUUAGCCAUAAUAUUGAAAAUGAUAAUUCAACCUGAUAGCAGGAUUUGGGGUGCUCUUUUAGCAGCUUCCAGAAUUUAUGGAAAUAAAAAAUUUGGAGAAUAUGCAGCACUAAGACUUUUGGAACUGGAACCUAAUAAUGCUGGAUACUAUACUCUUUUGAGUAAUGUGAAAGCGAGUGUUGGAAGAUGGAAUGAAGUGGAAGAAUUAAGGAGAGUUAUGAGUGAAAGGGAUCUCAAGAAGAAACCGGGGUGGAGCUGCAUUGAGGUAAAAGAGGUCAUCCAAGGAUUUGUUUCUGGAGAUAUAUCACAUCCUAAAGCAAAGGAGAUCUAUGAAGCAUUGGGUAGAUUGAGUAGAGUGACACAGGAUUUUGGGUGA